CCCCCCCCAAAACACCAUCUACAAAUCGAAACCACAUCACCUUCCACCAGUUCUUCGUCAUGCCUGAUGAGAAGAAUUGUCCCAUGGCGAACGCGGGCGCUAAUAAGUCCGACUGCGCCAUCGAUGACUCCGACGAUGGUGACGAGUCCUACGUCGAGGCUCAGAAGUCCAUCUCCGACCUCAAGAAGCGACACACCUCGGGCCGUCUCAAACUGAGCGACUUGCCCUUCCGCUGGAGUCCCUUUGUUCUGCCGCUCACCGAGUCCAACGUCGAGUCUUGCGUCGUACUCGAUAGGGUCGCUUUUCCCGACCACUGCGCUACGCGCGAAAAGUUCGAGUACCGCCUCUCGAGCUGCUCAAACAUCUGCACUGGUUUGUUCUGCAGCAUCGUCCCGAGCGAGGUUGGGAGCUUCCCUAUCCCGACCCUCGCAGUUGCCAAUGUCGUCGAGACUGGCCGUGCGCACGAAGCCAAGAUGGUUAUGCUCGGUCACGUCGUCGCGACCCUCGGCAACGGCCCCGUUGUCACUGAUGAGGACAUGGCCUGUCCCGAUAACUGGCGCGACCAGAAAGCGUCCAAGGACUCGAGUCUUGGCCACAAGGUCACGGGUCGCACCGUCUGCAUUCACUCCUUCGCCGUCGUUCCCAAGCUUCAAAACUGCGGCCUAGGCAUGCUGCUCAUGAAAGCGUAUCUACAGCAGAUCAACGAGUCUGGCGUUGCCGAUCGUAUCGCCUUGAUCUGCCAGGACUGGCUGGUGAGUUACUACGAGCGCUUUGGCUUCAAGUCUCUCGGCCACAGCAAGACCUCCUCCUUCGGUGGUGGCGGUUGGCAUGACAUGAUCAUCGACCUCUCUGGCCCCGCCAAGAAGCCCGCCGAUGCCCUAUUAACGCAAGACGAGUAGAACCGCGCCCUCCGCCUCAGAGGCAAUCGUUGAGAGCUUUGAUCGUCCGUUCUAUACCAGUGCUUUCUCAUCGAGCGAGCUAAGCAAGGGACCUGACCUUCGCCGUCUUUCUUUUGCGAAUGAACAAACUGGAAAUGGCUUAUGGGUACGUACAGCGCGAUCGUCGGGAUGAGACAGGCGACUGCAUGUUUGUAUGGGUUGAUGACUUGGCUCCUUUCCUUACCUACUGCGUAACGAUACCUGCGAGAUGGGAGUCUCCAAACGGUGUACCAAAGAUGCAUACUGAGGUAGACAACCGGAUGAGGAUCGGGACAUAGAGUGUACCCUUGCUCCCGAGAUCCGAGCAAGAAAAAUACCACAUGAGUUUGACUUUAACCUCCCAUUUCGGCGUGAGGUAUUUCAAAAUGCGUACGAUGCUUCUUAUGUCACCUUUUUUUUUUUUUUUUUUUUUUUU